UCUCGGAUACCAAACACACUUGAAAUCUAACCAUCACUAGUCCCCAACUCUGCUUUUGGCGCCGAAAUUCUCCAUAUAAAAACAACCCACAAGCCCCAAUACUUCAAAUUAGUUCCACUCGCAUCAAUUUUUAUCAAAAAUGCUUCUUUCCUCAAAGCCCCCCAAAUUCUAAUGGAAGCCUGCAAAUCCACCAAGGAAAAACCCAAAACCCUAGAUUCUCUCCACCUUUACCACACCUCUCUUGCUUCCCGUUCCCUCCCAAUCCCUCCACAUGACCAACCCGUCUCUCUCCCUCUCCCCUCCUCUCUCCCCCUCUCCAAGCUCAUACCCAAUACCCGCUUCCUCGUCGACGCAUUUCGCUUCUCCACCACCUCCUCCGUUACCUACUUCCUUUCCCAUUUCCACUCCGACCAUUACACGGGUCUUUCGUCUAAUUGGUCCCAAGGCCUCAUUUUCUGCUCUCCCACUACAGCCAAUCUCCUCACCCUAGUCCUCAAAAUUCCCUCGCAGUUCGUCUUUCCAUUGCCUCUGCUCAAGCCCGUGAUUAUCGAUGGCUCUGAAGUUGCAUUAGUUGAUGCUAAUCACUGCCCGGGGGCGGUACAGUUCUUGUUUAAGGUUCCCGGUAAGAAUCAAGAAAGUUUUGAAAUGUAUAUUCACACUGGUGAUUUUAGAUACAGUGGUUCGAUGAAAGAGAAUAGCCUAUUGGGCCAAUUUGUUGGUUGUGAUGCGAUUUUCUUGGAUACUACUUAUUGUCAUCCUAAAUACGUUUUUCCCUCGCAAGGGGAGUCUAUUGAUCAUAUGGUUAGUGUUAUCAAGAGAAUAGGUGGGGAGUUUACGAGCCAAGAAAAGAAAGUGUUGUUUAUUGCGCAAAGGUGUAAAAGAAAGGUGCAUGUGGAUGGGAGGAAAAUGGAGGUUUUGCGGGUUUUGGGGUAUGGGGAGAGUGGGAUAUUUACAGAGGAUGGGAGUGAAAGUGAUGUUCAUGUUGUUGGGUGGAACGUGUUGGGAGAGACGUGGCCUUACUUUCGGCCAAAUUUUGUUAGAAUGAAUGAGAUAAUGGUGGAAAGAGGGUAUUCUAAGGUUGUGGGAUUUGUGCCAACUGGAUGGACUUAUGAAGUGAAGCAUAAUAAAUUCUCAGUCAGGUCAAAGGAUUCAUUUGAGAUCCAUCUUGUGCCAUAUAGUGAGCAUUCAAAUUAUGAUGAGCUUAGAGAGUAUGUGAAGUUCUUGAGACCUAAGCGUGUCAUUCCUACAGUUGGUGUGGAUAUUGAAAAAAUUGAUAGCAGGCAUGCUAUUAAAAUGCAGAAACAUUUUGCUGGUUUAGUUGAUGAAAUGGCUAACAAGAAAGAGUUUUUGAUGGGCUUUCAUAGUGGGUCAUGUGAGAAUGAUGAAAACACUAGAAUGGAAGAUGUCUUAGAGUUGAAGGAGGGCCUGGAUCAGGAGAAAGAGGUGAAGUCAUCUGAAGUGAAAGCCCUUGAAGACGAGGAUGCAGAUGUUGUUUUAAACUCUUCAUCUACUCUGCAAGAACCUGGUUCUCAAAAUUUAACUAUACUAAAUGAUGAAGAAACAGAAAAACUAAUGCAAGAACUUGGUGAUUCUUUGCCCUCAUGGGUUACUCGGGACCAAAUGUUAGAUUUGAUUAGAAGCUCAGGGGGGAAUUUUGUUGAUGCAGUUUCAAAUUUUUAUGAACGUGAAACAGAAUUUCAUCAACAAGUCUUUCCUUAUAAGACAUCUGCGUCUUCUUCUCAGACUGAUUCACUCCAUGAAUCUGAAUCGCCUUCAAAUCCAGUUUCUAUCAAGAGCAGUCAAGAGAGUUCAGGUAUUACACCUUUAAAUCAAAACUAUGUGUCAUCAAGCUUAAAGCCUUCAAGCAAGAGUAGCUUGACUCCUGGAAAAAGGAAGAGGAACGUUGGCAAGAAAGCAAAAACGAAUUCCAAACUGGAAUCUGGUGGGCCAAAGCAGUCUAGUAUUACAAGGUUCUUCAGUAAACUUGCUCCUGAUGCUCAAUGUAGUGUGGUCCGGUUCAUACCUGAUCAAUCUACAGAAGAAAAUUCAACGCAGAAUGAUGGUACAAAAUCAUACAAAGGGGAGAUAGAUCGGUUUAUUCAGAUAACCGACCUUAAUGAAUCAUCAAGAGGCUAUGCUGCCACUAUCCUGAAGAGGACCAAAGGAGACAUUAACAAGGCAUUAGAUAUGCAUUAUAGUAAUCCGGAGGGUAACUUUGAUGACAGUGUAGAGAACUUGGUAGCAUCAGACAAUUUGGUUCAGCCUCAGUACGAUAUUAAUGAGUGCUCUUGUGCCCAGGAAAAAACUGUAUCAGAAGAGGGAAAGAAUAUGGUUGAUCCUUCCACACAGAGAUCAUUGACAGAAAAUGUGGCUGUAGCUCAUGUUGCACUACCAGUAGAAAAAUACAAUCCUGUGCAACAUGCAUGCUGGAGUGUUGGAGAGCCUGCUCCAUAUAUCCAUCUUGCACGAACAUUUGACCUGGUUGAGGCUGAAAAAGGAAAGAUCAAAGCUACUUCCAUGUUGUGCAACAUGUUCAGAAGUUUGCUAGCGUUGUCUCCUGAGGAUGUGCUACCCACUGUGUAUCUGUGCACAAACAAGAUUGCUGCUGACCAUGAAAACAUAGAGCUCAAUAUUGGUGGAGGCUUAGUCACUUCAUCAUUAGAAGAGGCAUGUGGGGCAAAGCGGUCUAAAAUAAGGGAUAUGUACAAUAGUUUUGGGGAUCUUGGUGAUGUUGCUCAAGUGUGCCGACAAACACAGACAUUACUUGCUCCUCCUCCUCACCUUCUUAUAAAAGAUGUUUUUUCUGUUCUCCAAAAGAUAAGUGUGCAGACAGGUACUGGAAGCACUGUUCGAAAGAAGAGCCUCAUUGUAAAUCUCAUGCGUUCAUGCAGGGAGAAGGAGAUGAAGUUUAUUGUCAGAACUUUGGUAAGAAACUUACGGAUUGGAGCAAUGAUGAGAACUGUUCUACCUGCAUUGGCUCAAGCUGUUGCUAUGAAUUCCUUGGUUAAUUCUUCUGAUGAACAAAAAGCUGAAAGUUUGAAGGAGAAACUCCAGUACCUAUCCACGGCAGUUGUUGAAGUGUAUAAUAUACUUCCAGAUUUGGAUUUGAUCGUUCCCUCUCUCAUAAGUAAAGGCAUUGAAUUUUCAUCAUCAACUUUGUCAAUGGUGCCAGGCGUACCUAUUAAACCCAUGCUUGCAAAAAUUACAAACGGAGUUUCCCAAGCACUGAAACUCUUUCAAGAUAAAGCUUUUACAUGUGAAUACAAAUACGAUGGUCAGCGUGCCCAAAUUCACAAACUACCAAAUGGCACUUUGCGUGUAUUUUCACGAAACGGGGAUGAAACAACAUCAAGAUUUCCGGAUUUGAUCAAUAUAAUGAAGGAAUCUUGUAAAUCUGCUGCAGUGACUUUCAUAGUGGAUGCAGAGGUAGUUGCAGUUGAUAGAAAAAAUGGCUGCAAGCUCAUGUCGUUCCAAGAACUAUCAUCAAGGGAGAGAGGGAGCAAAGAUUCCUUUAUCGCAAUGAAUGAUAUAAAGAUCGAGAUUUGUGUAUUUGUCUUUGACAUCAUGUUUGCUAAUGGAGAACACCUGCUGGGGCUCCCUCUUCGCCAAAGAAGGAAAUGCCUAAAGGAUUUGUUUUGUGAUGAGAGGAUGGGCUAUUUUGAGUAUGCAAAGGAAAUGACGGUUGAAGCACAUGAUUCUUGUUUGACCAAUAACGUAACAAUAACCAAGAUAAACUCUUUCCUUGAAGAUGCAUUGCAUUCCUCAUGUGAAGGAAUUAUGGUGAAAUCUUUAGAUGUUCAUGCGGAAUAUUCUCCAUCAAAACGUACCGACACAUGGCUGAAGGUCAAGCGAGAUUAUGUGGAAGGACUGAAUGACUCGCUUGAUUUAGUCCCUAUUGGUGCUUGGCAUGGGAAUGGGAGAAAAGCAGGAUGGUAUAGUCCAUUUCUCAUGGCAUGUUACAACCCUGAGACUGAGGACUUUCAGAGUGUUUGCCGUGUCAUGUCUGGGUUCUCAGAUGCAUUUUACACUAAGGUGAAAGAGUUCUUUUCUGAAGAUAAGAUUUUGUUGAAAAAGCCGUCUUACUACCAAACUUCCGAGGUGCCAGAUUUGUGGUUUUCUCCAGAACUUGUUUGGGCAAUACGUGGUGCAGACUUGACAGUUUCUCCAGUUCACCAUGCUGCUAUAGGUUUAGUUCAUCCAUCCCGUGGCAUCUCAAUGAGAUUUCCAAGAUUUAUCUGCUCUGUGUCAGAUAGAAAUGCAGAGGAAUGUAGCACAGCUGCAGAUAUUGCAGAAAUGUUUAAUUCUCAAACGCGGAAGAUGAAUGUAACAGGCACAGCUACCAAUUAACUCUUGACUUUUUAGCAAUUAUGUAAAUAGUUUGAAAAUUUGUAGAAGUGUGAAAAAAGGACGGUCUAGUUCCACAUGGUUGUUUUAGGGACUGACUUUUUAAUUGAAACACCAUGACCAUAAUGCGAUAAACAAUGCUAUAUAACGAGGUACAAAAUUUUUAUAUA